AUGCAGACGAAACACUUCUUUUCCGACCCCAACAAGCUCGUCCAGGCCGCCCUCCACUCCCUCACCCUCACCAACCCUUCCCUGGCAUUCGACUCGGAGAACAAGAUCAUCUACCGUCGUCCGGAUGCCUCCUCUAAAUCCAAAGUCGCCGUCAUUUCAGGAGGCGGUUCUGGCCAUGAACCCGCUUUCGCCGGCUACGUAGGCAAGGGUCUCUUGACGGCUUCAGUCGCCGGAUCCAUCUUUGCCUCUCCCUCCGCAGAGCAGAUCCGCAAGGCUGCCAUGGAGUAUGUCGACUCCGAGAAGGGCGUCCUCCUCAUCCCCAUGAAGUACACCGGCGACGUGCUCAACUUUGGUAUGGCCGCCGAGAAGGCCAAGGCGGCUGGCAUUAAGACCGAGUUUUUCGCCAUUGGCGACGACGUCGGAGUGGGCCGUAGCAAGGGUGGUAAAGUUGGUCGACGCGGUAUCGGAGGUGGUAUCCUGGUCUUGAAGAUUGUUGGCGCAUUGGCAGAGACUGGUGCCUCCUUGGAAGAUGUCUACCGCAUCGCACAGCUGACGACUGACAACAUUGUCUCUCUUGGCUCGUCGUUGGAGCAUGUCCACAUCCCCGGACGUCAAGUCCCCUCGACGGAAGAGCUGCUGCCGGCGGAUGAGGUGGAAGUCGGCAUGGGCAUCCACAACGAGCCUGGUUCCCACCGGAUGAAGGGAGCCAGUCUGGAAGACCUGAUCAAGACCAUGCUCAAGCAGCUCUUGGAUGAGAACGACAAGGACCGCGCAUUCAUCACGCGCAAGCCCGACGACAAAUUCGUUCUGCUGAUCAACAACCUGGGUGGAGUUAGCACCCUGGAGCUGUCUGGCAUCACGGACGAAGUGUCCACACAGCUGGCCAGGGACUACAACAUCAAGCCUGUUCGGACGAUCCAGGGCACGUUCCUGACCAGUCUCAACGGCCUGGGCUUCAGCAUCUCGCUCCUCAAGCUCGUCGACACCGGUCUCGGUCCAGGCAAGUCCUUGCUGGAGCUGCUGGAUGCCCCGGCUGAGGCUGUUGGCUGGGCGGCUCCAAUCCAGACGUCCACCUGGGACAACCACAGCUCCGACGCACCUGUGCAGCAGGUGAAAAAGACUGUCGUUGCCGAGGAGCAGCCAAGCAACUUGAAGGUCGACCCUGCCCUCCUGAAGAAGAGCCUGUCUGCUGGACUGCAACGCAUGAUUGCGGCCGAGCCUCAGGUAACCCAUUACGACACCAUCGUCGGCGACGGCGACUGCGGUGUGGGCCUCAAGCGCGGUGCCGAGGCCGUCCUGUCGCUGCUCGAGAAGGGCGACCUGGGCGACGACCCCGUGGUGGCCGUGAACAAGAUCGUCAACGUGGUGGAGAACACCAUGGACGGCACCUCGGGCGCCAUCUACGCCAUCUUCCUCAACGCGCUGGCCCACGGCCUGCGCGAGCAGGACAAGGGCACUGCUGCCACCCCCGUAACGGUCGAGACCUGGGCCGCAGCGCUGAAGUACUCUCUGGGCGCGCUGGCAAAGUACACGCCCGCCCAGGUCGGCGACCGCACGCUCAUCGACGCCCUCGCGCCCUUCUGCACCAAGCUCGUCGAGACCAAGGAUGUCCACGCCGCGGCCAAGGCCGCCCUGGAGGGCACCGAAGCCACCAAGCACCUGAAAGCCAGCCUGGGCCGAUCCGUCUACGUGGGCGGCGAGCAGGAAUGGCUGGGCAAGAUCCCCGACCCCGGUGCGUACGGAUUGUCCGAGUUCCUGAGCGGAUUAGCGGACAGCCUUUAA